GAGCGCUUCAUAAACGGCGCGGGGGCGGUUCGUGUCAGAGUGUCACAGUCGGACUGAAGGCAGCCUGAGCUCGGAGUCAGCAGCAGCCAUGAAGCAGAACAGCUGGACCCGGAUCGCCGUCAUCCUGCUGUGCGCGCUGCUGUACGUGGGGGUUUUGGUCGUGAACGCGCUGGCUGGAGCGGGCAAAGGUCCCUUCCACUACACAACAGGAAAUGUUUCUGCUCGAUACGAGACGGACAUCACUCCAGCUGGAUGGACCUUCUCCAUCUGGGGGGUCAUCUACACCUGGCUGACCCUGAUGGUCAUUUAUCUCACCUCUUUGGCUUUCAGAGGGUCCUGGGCUCAGUAUCUGCUGCCCUUCGCCUUUUACUUCUCCUGGCUGGCCAACAUGCUGCUGAACGUGACGUGGCUUCUUCUGUGGGACAGGGAGUUGAUGCUGGCAGCCAUGGUUGUGCUGCUGCUGAUGGUCAUCACCAACUUCAGCGCCCUGUUCUUCUGCUGCUCUGCCACAGACUAUUAUGGGCUGUGGCUGAAGCGAUACCACGGAAAAGACCUGGCCUCUCUCAUUCUACUGGUCCAGAAUGGCUUGGCGGUCUACACAACAUGGACAUCUGUUGCUUCUCUGAUCAACUUCUCUCUGGUUCUUCACCUGUGGGGUGUGGACAAGAGCACAGCAGCAACCGCAUCUCUGUGCAUCCUGUUUGCUGAGGUGGCAGGCUGGUUCAUCCUGGAGAACUGGGUGCUGGACCGCUGGGUCCGUAACAUCAUCACAGUGUACCCCGUGGUGGUCGUGGCUCUGGUGGGGAACGUCUAUAAACACUUCAGUAUGGCUGAUCCCACGCCGAACGCUGUGUUCAUGGUGGUUCUGCUGGUGCUGGCCUGCAUCCUCUUCAUUUCCCGAAUCUUCACGGUCCUCUGGAGGAACAAGUGGCGCCCGCUGUACUCGCCAGGUUCAGCUCGGAUGAUGGUGUCCCCACUGGACGGCGCUCGGCUUACGGUCCUUUCUUGAGGGGACGACCAUCGCACUUUUUCACUCCGGAUGCAGAAGUUAGAAGUGUUUAUGAAGUCAGUCUUUGUUCAGAGGAGAGAAGAAACCAAAGAAAAAGAGCCAAGGAACGAGCUCUCUGAUGUUUCUUUGAUCGCAGCUUUCCUGACACUCGAUCCUUCUCAUUUAUGUAAUCUUCUCGUAAAAUAACCUUGAAGGCAUUCAUAUAAAGGUCAUGUUUUAAACAUAUUCAGGCUCAUGUAUACUUUUUAUACUUUGUACUACUUUAGCUCCACUAUAGUCUGCACUGAAAUGUCAAAACAAACGCAAAAUUUACCAGUUUGACUUCUAGGACUCGUUUUUGUUUGCACCUCCAUAAAAAGCAUUGUGGCUUUCAUGUAAUGCAGCUGAAGAAUCUGGUUUCUCUGGAAUAAACUUUGCUUGUUGCUGUUUUUUA